CCCGAAGAAAACAAGUGAAAAAAAUCUAAACAAAAAAAAAUUAAUAAAAUCCUAAAUUUAACAAAUAAACAUCAUUUAACAUCACAAAUUAUAUAGAUAAGAAUUUGUCUCAAGAUUUUAGCAGAAAAAAAUGCCACAUACCGAUAAAAUGAUGGAUGUUGGCAAAGCCCGUACUAGCGGCGAUGGAAUGGAAACUAGCGAAACUACCAAAACCGAAGAUAAACCAACAUUUUCAAAAACUCAAUUGCGUCGCAAAGACAGCACAAUUCAAGAGUCAAUUCAUCAGAAAAAACCUCCCCCGCCACCACCCAGCACAAUUCCAAUUCCUGGCCUGCAUACCCUCUAUCGACCAACAGAAACUUCAAGAAGUUUACCAGCUUGCAAGCCCCGAGGUGAACUUCGUUUACUCACUCCCAGAUUGAUUGAUGUUCGGGAAGUUCCCGAACACAAGAAAACCAAACCGCCACGAUUUGUUCCAUUCGAACCGUACGCGGGUGCUGUCAAUCCAAUAUUUCCAAAUAAAGACAAGUCAAAGAAGAUAUUAAAAAGAGACCGUAAUAAUUUAGAUAUUGGAGUUUUGGUAAGUCAUAUGUCGACAAUGCGAACUCAAGAACUUCAUGAAGGAAAAGAAGGGGAUGUAGAGAAUGAAACUCCAGUUGAGAAACAUUCUGAAGAUCCUCAGGUGGCUGAGUUGAAAGCUGAAUUGGCAAAGAUCAAAGAGGAACGUGACUAUUUAAAUAGUCAGCUCAAGUUUCAAUCUCAAGUGAAUUCGGAGUUGAAGGGUUUACUUGUUGCUUCGGUUGGGGAGGAUCUUCAGACAAGAGUUAAUGUUUUGACGGAAGAUAAGUUACAACUGGCGAGAGCUCUAUUGGACACGGCAAAUAAUUUAACAACUCAUUCUGAACAAAUUGAAUUCCUUGCCAGUCAAUGCGAGGUGUGGCGCAGUAAAUUUCUCGCCAGUAGCGUAAUGGUAGAAGAACUCGCCCGAUGGAAAGCCGAUCUAACUCAGAAAAACGAAUUGCUCACUGAAUCAACCAAACGAUUGCUACGUCUCUCCUCCGAAACCCGAAAAACCCAAAUUGAUAUUCUCAAAAACCUCAAAUUUAUGGGCAACAUAAAAUACCUCAAUCUACCAUCAACAGAUGUAAGAAAUCUCGGAGCGGAGUGUUUGAAUAUAUUGCAGCAAAUGGCACUCCAUUCUGGUGUUGGUAUACCAGAAAAUCUCUAUUUAAGUAAUGACACUCAGCAGUUAACACAAGACGAACAAUUUGCCAUUCAAGCUCUGGAGUUUAUAAGUCAACCUCUGAUCGCAACUGAUGAUGCAAUUAAAGCUCUUUUUGGACAAACUCGCAGAUCCUAUGUGACGGCGAACAGUGAAGUGCCAAUCGAAGAACCAAGUGUUUAGUUUAUAAGAAUAUGAACAAUUUUAUUUCUAUAUGUAAAAAUAAAGAAACCUGUUAAGGACAUAAAAUAUUUAUAAAAA